AGCUGGGGCCCAGCGAGAUUUGGCCGGCCAGAUCGCUCGUCAGUUUGUACUAACGCACACGGCUCUUUUGGAGUUUAUUAUAGGCCUAUACACGUGAGAACCAUUUGAUCGUACUGUGACUUUUCACAAAGGUUUUGCCCUCGAUAGUGCAGACCGAAUUGUGUUGAACUUUGAUACUAGAAUGAAUGACUCUGCAACUAAACCUUCAACUUAAGCUGUUGAUUUUGUGGGAAGAAUACGUAUCACACGAUGAUUUGCUGAAUCACGGAUCUCACAUACGUUGCCGCCCGUUUUCGUUGUUGGCAGACGACGAGCACUGAGGUUUUUGCUAACAGCCAUAUUUCAACAGCUUCAAAUCAUCCAUAUCCAUCCAUCCACGUACCAUGGUGAAAUACGUGCUGCACUACUUCAAGGCCAAUGUCCGCGCUGAAAGCAUUCGUCUGGCGUUCAAGCUUGGUGGAGUCGACUUCGAAGAGGUGAACUUCGAAAUGUCAGAAUGGCCGAAACUCAAACCAAAAUAUCCCACUCGGCAAGUACCGGUGUUGGAGGUGGACGGGAAGAUGAUUGGACAGACUAAGGCCAUCCUGCGGUACUUAGCCAAAGAAUUCGGGCUUUACGGAAAGACUCCCCUUGAAGCAGCAUACAUUGACCAGGCUAUGGACACAGUGGAGGAUAUCUGGCCGGAAUUCGAGAAUAUUUUCCGUGUUCCUUUCGCAAGUCAGGCCGCGAAAGCAGUAACGUUCUUGAAAGAUAAGGUUCCACCCGUCUACGAAGCCUUGGAACGUUUACUCGACCUGGAGCAAGCUGGGGACUUUUUCGUCGGAAACUCGAUCACGGCGGCCGAUAUCUUUUUCUUUGGCGCGGUUGACGUUGUGAACGCCACGGCCAAGGCAUGGGCCAAGGGCGCCAACUCCUUGGAGAAGUACCCGAAGCUUACCGCCCUCAUGAGUCGCAUUGCCGCCAACCCAAAGAUCGCAGCGUGGCUGGCAGUGCAACCAGCCGAAGUUUCGUUUGAGUUAAACCAGGAAUAUAUCCUUGAGUGAGAUCAAGCCUGUGCAGUUUGUCAGGCCGUACAUGUUUUAUUGUGCACAAAAAUACGGCCCUCAUUGUUGUACGCGCGUAGGUCGGCUAAAUGUUUAGAAAUGUUCAUCUUUGAAUUUACAUUUGUGGGUUUUUUUCUUUAAGAUUGCUGAGGCCCUUUACUUUUUGUUAGAUUUUUAACUUACCAAUGAAACAUCGGAUGAUCCACUGAUCCAUGAUAAAUUGGGGUAAAGUACAAAAUGAUGAUUUAUUAGUUUCUGUGUUUUUGCCCUUUGUUUAAGAUCCGUGUUUGUCUGAUGACGUGUCGCGUAUAUAUCUUUUAAGCCCUUGACUGUUUUUAAAUGAAAACAUUUAGUUGUAUAUCACACCAGUUGUGUUUUAUGACAAUGUAUAUUUCUCGUCAAUAUGUGUUCUUCUUGCUUAAUAUAUUCUACAUCUAUACAAAGACUCCAAUUCAUUAUCUUUCGGUAUAACGUCAUGACAAUGCUUACUAUAUUCUUCGAUUGUGUAGACCGAAGCCGGAAAAGGGAUGUGUCGUAAAAAAAAUAUUGGCUGGGUAUUUUCAAAAAUGUUAUCAAAAAUCUAACAGAAACACGCAUGCAUUGAACAACACGCUUGUGCUUUUGAUAUAAUUCGAUUAAAUAAAUUGUUAAA